AUGGCCCGACCCUCAGCGUCAAAAGCGAGGACACUAGGGGGCGGCUCGGGCGGCUUGGCUACAGGGCGGCUCGGCGACUCGACGGCUGGGCGGCUCGGCUGCUGGGCGGCUCGGCUGCUGGGCGGCUCGGCGGCUGGGCGGCUCGGCUGCUGGGCGGCUCGGCUGCUGGGCGUAUCGGCGGCUGGGCGGCUCGGCUGCUGGGCGGCUCGGCUGCUGGGCGGCUCGGCGGCUGGGCGGCUCGGUUGCUGGGCGGCUCGGCGGCUCAGCGGCUGGGCUGCUCGGUUGCCGGGCGGCUCGGCGGCUGGGCUGCUCGUAGGAGUAGGCGUGGGGGCCGUAGGAGCAGGCGCCGGGGCCGUAGGAGCAGGGGUCGGGGCCGCUAGGGCGGCGGAUCGGGGCCGCGAGGGCGGCGGAUCGGGGCCGCGGGGGCGGCGGAGUAGGGGCCGCGAGGGCGGCGGAGUAGGGGCCGCGAGGGCGGCGGAUCGGGGCCGCGAGGGCGGCGGAUCGGGGCCGCGAGGGCGGCGGAGUAGGGGCCGCGAGGGCGGCGGAUCGGGGCCGCGAAGGGCGGCGGAUCGGGGCCGCGAGGGCGGUGGAGCGGGGCCGCGAGGGCGGCGGAUCGGGGCCGCGAGGGCGGCGGAUCGGGGCCGCGAGGGCGGCGGAGUAGGGGCCGCGAAGGGCGGCGGAGUGGGGGGGGGGGGGGGGGGGGCGCGAGGGCGGCGGAUCGGGGCCGCGAAGGGAGGCGGCCGGCGCCGCGAGGGUGGGGCCGCGGGGUCGCUAGGGUAG